AUGACGUCCAUUCGAUCGACUGGCUCGUGCGAUCCCGAGCUGCUCGGGCAGCUUGCGCAGGAGGGGAAGGCCUCCGGGAAGCCGAUCACGAUCACCGUCCUGAGGAAAGCGGCCACGCCCUUCACGAACUUUGACAACAAGCUCAGGGAGGCCUACGACCAGCUGGACGGCGACCUGCCGGACCUGGAGGACGUGCAGGGCCGCCUCGCCGAGGCCAAGGUGCUGGCCACCUCGGGCGCCUCGUCGCCCUCGGCGGCGGACAGCAUCCUGGUGGCCUGCGGCCUCCGCCCCUGCUCGGGGGCCCAGUUUAACUACUUUCCGCGCCUGCCUACGGUAGGCAUGGUGGCGGAUACUCCCCAAGCUUCGCGGCGUGAUCGACCAGCUGAUCAAGGACCUCACCCCGCUCGCCGCCGCUUGCAAGUGAGCGCCCCGAGUAGCAUUUCUGAUUGCUCCCUCGCGUGCAAUAAUCUUCAGAACUUUCAAGGGACACACGUUGAUGCGGCGGCACGCAGGGGACGUGCCAUGGCAGAACGAUCGCUUGCUCGAAACACGAGAUAGCUUGAUGCCGACGUUUCAACGUGUAGUCGACCGAUGUCAAUCGCAUGUGCGUAGUGUUUGGGUAUGUGGUCAGCGAGCUCCGCCAGGCUACGCUGGAACCAUUUUUCAAAGUAAUCGAUUUACAGUCGCUUUUUUCCUUGCCGACCAGACUCAGCCACAGUGUAUGAGCGAAGGCGCUUAAAAAGGAGUGCAACGUCGAGCAGCCAGAUGAGGAAAGGAUGGCACGCGCCCCGUACUCUUGGAUGGGACAGUAAUCCUCCUC